AUGGAGCCCGGGAAUUCAGUAAGCUCGUUUAUAAUAACUGCCGCUCAAGAAUUUGAGAAAUGUUCAGAGCUAGCGAAAACUCAGAGCCUUAUAGAGAGUACAACUAAAGAAGUUGAAGUCAAUAGAGUCUUAUUUUGUAAAGCUGUCAUGAAUUCUUUGUUUGAGAGCAAAAGUAUAGUUGAAGAAAGUUCAAAGAUGUUCGCGGACGUUGAACGCCUUGGACCAGUAUCGACUGAUAUUGCGCAAUAUAAGAAUGCGGUGGAAGCACUUUUGAAUUAUGUGAGACACAACGAAAAUGUUGCCAACGAUCUUGAAACUUCAUUCGGGAGGAUAUCUGAUGGUUUGAAGAGCUGUUCGAAUAAUGUAAAGGAACAAUUGGAUAUGUUGAACAGUAAAAAGGAAGAACUAGAGAAUCUGCAUCAACACAAAGAAGAUUCAGCUAAAAAGAAGUCAUCUGGGACAUGGUUCGCUGGAGGGGGUGGAGUUUCUCUAGCUACGUCAGUCGUUGGUGCUAUUUUGUUGCCUGAAGUAGCAGUUGUCGCAGUAAUUGCUGCAGGUGUGAGCGCUGUUGCGGGAGCUUACGGCACCAAGACUCGUCAUGACGCGUCUGCGCGUUUGGAGCAGCUUACAAAGGAAAUUCGAGAGUUGGACAUUCAAAUAUCCAGCGAGAAUACUGUUAAAAACUUACACGAGGCUUUGAAAAAUGCUACAAUAGGAGUUGGCCAAGCAAAAGCUUAUUGGCAAAAGCGUGCAGUUGAUAUUGAAGGAUUUCUUAAAAAGCUUGCCAACUAUGAACGGCGAGGACAGCAUCUCAGCGAACUGGAAGCAGAGGCUUUCAAGAAAAAAUGGUUAGACUAUAAAAAGGAGUGCGAAAAAUACGUAGAGCAACUCUGGAAACACGUCAGAGAACAUUUCACAAUAACGUUUUGA